GAUCGGAGCCACCGGCGUGACUGUCUUCGGCCACGCCGCUUUUAUGGAUAAACCAAUCGAGAAUGCUUUUUCCGAGGAGGCGGUCUAGGUGGUCGGCCGCGAACUCCUUACGGUAUGCCCCGAUGGGGAAGACCACCGGGGGCACGAGUGGGGAGAGAAAACAGACGUGCAGCUCCGUGGGUGGACGGUGCGGCACGGGUCGAGGAGAUUGACAGCGAGGAGGAGGAGGAUGCAUACGCUCGAUCGGCGUAUGCGAGGCAGUCGGCGGGUCGGGACGAGGGUGGAGGGCCUAGAUUGCGCAGGCGGAAGAUGGAUUACAAUGAUUAUGUGGACGAGAUAAAUUCGAUUGAUGGGAUGGACUAUGAUCUGCGUGAGGACAUGGACAGCACAGUGGCGUAUGCGGUUCAGCUAGCCAUGAAGGACAAGGAGGAACGGUUGGUGGAUCAAGCCUUGGAACGGAUUCGACGCGCUCAAAAGCAGGGCCAGAAGAACGUACGACUUUCGAGUCGAGAAAUGGAGGCGCUGGAGCGCAAGCGCAUGCAGGCAAACCGGACCCCUGAUCACGACUAUCGAAAUACAAGUCCCCAGGUUUCCCCCGGUGGCAGCCGAUCCUCGAAGCCGCCGGAGAGCCCCAGCAGCAAAAGGGGAGCGCAACGGAGGGGGUCCAAUGCCUCGACAGCGAAUAAGCAUAGCGUGCCCUCACCGUUAGCCGAAAACAACGCUGCCUAUGCGUUCUGGGCCUGGACCUCGGGGGCCUCUGGCGGGUCCCCAGCUUCUGCACGUUCGCCAUCUGCCCGCACGCCUACAAGUCAAGCACCGCCUCGAUCCCCUCUCCAGCCAGCUUAUGCUUUCGACCGCCUGGCUUCCGUCCCUCAGAUUCGCACACCGGUGGGCGUGAAGAGUCCCUCUGUGCGUUCCCUCCCUGACGAUCCACAGUGGGGGCCUCCGUACCCUCCGCCGUAUCCAAGAGAACCGCCACCGUACCCGACCGAUCGUCGACGCCCCGAGCCAACUCCAUACAUGUCAGGCUAUCGCAGCGUCUUUGACGAUUCUGCGCGUAGCAACAGGCGAGGCGUGAAUGCUAUGCCGGGGGCUGCGACGGAGGGGCGUCUCAGUGCAGAGGAAGAAGAGGAGGAAGGAAAUAGUUCCGAUAACAGCGCCAUGGUUGAGCGCCGCGUGGCCGGCAGUACGCCGACACGGGGGCCAAUCGGGCGAGGCAGUCGACCCCGGAGCAGUCGAUCUUGAACCCCCGAAUCGUGCCCUUUCAAAACGUUGCUUUCUUUUCUAUCAUGGGCGGCUCAUGUCGCAGCUGAUUUAGCCUUGAAUGUUUCUUGCGUGGAUUCCCAUGGUUGAUUUUCUUGCGCGUAUAAAACGUAAUGGAGUUCGUCUAGAGCGGGUACCUGAAA